UGAAAGGCCUUCCGUUCUGCGCCCGGAAGCCGCCGGCUCUCGCGAGACUAGGAGCAAACCGGGCGGGAUCUCGGCCUUUUCCUGGAGGAGACCGCGGCCAAGAUGGCGGAAGUGGAACAGAAGAAGAAGCGUACCUUCCGGAAGUUCACCUAUCGGGGUGUGGACCUGGACCAGCUCCUUGACAUGUCCUACGAGCAGCUGAUGCAGCUGUACAGCGCCCGCCAGCGCCGGCGGCUGAACCGCGGCCUGCGCCGCAAGCAGCACUCCCUCCUCAAGCGGCUGCGCAAGGCCAAGAAAGAAGCCCUGCCCAUGGAGAAGCCGGAGGUGGUCAAGACCCACCUGCGGGACAUGAUUAUCCUUCCAGAAAUGGUGGGCAGCAUGGUUGGCGUGUACAAUGGGAAGACCUUCAACCAGGUGGAAAUCAAGCCUGAAAUGAUUGGCCACUAUUUGGGAGAGUUCUCCAUCACUUACAAGCCCGUUAAGCACGGCCGACCUGGAAUCGGGGCCACCCACUCUUCUCGGUUCAUUCCUCUGAAGUAAGGGGACUUGGGAAGAGUUGUGUCUCGUGUAAAUAAAAGGGUUUCCCAACAA